AGCUUCUAAUAUCUCCGGUUAUAUAUAUCCACUCGCACUCGCUUGUUUUUGCGCUCCUUUCCCCACCCACACGCUUCUCUUCUUCGCUCCUUUCGCCCCCAACCCCACCACUACCGCCACCACCCCCUGUGGCACCAAUCCCUCUGUCCCUCCUCAGCCGGGCUUGAGCGUCUGUGUGCAACCAUAUAUAUAACAUUCGGAUCUUUGCUGAUCUUCACAUCCACAGAAGCGGACAAAACUAACAGGGCAGCACAGCACAGUCACCUACCAUGCCUCGCAAGUACGGCACAACGGUCUAUGUCCGGAGCAAGUGGCCAUUGAUGCUCCGCGUCAAGGGAACAGUCAUCCUUGCUAUUUGGUGGCAAGUUCUCCUGCUCGCCGUUUAUUCCAGCGUUGUCUUUGUUAUCCACAAGUUCACAGACUGGAAGAUGAAUUACUCGCUGUCCCUGGUCUCAGUCAUGGGCAUGGUCGUCUCUUUGCUCUUGGUCUUCCGUACCAAUACUGCCUACGAUCGCUACUGGGAGGGUCGUCGUCUGUGGUCCCAAAUGACGCUUUGCGUUCGUAACCUGACCCGCGGUAUCUGGGUCUGCGUUGCUGAGACCGAGACCCGCGACCUGCUCGAGAAGAAGUCCGCCAUUAAUUUGUUGGUGGCGUUUGCCUUUGCCACCAAGCACUACCUGCGCGAGGAGUAUGGAUACAACUACGACGACAUGAUCAAUCUUUUGGCCCACAUCCCCAAGUACUCCAUCCCUACCUCGACUCAACCCAUGGACUGGAGGACCGACAUCCCCACCCCACUCGGAUCCCUCCAAAAGGAGUCCUACCAACUCCCUGAGGAGCCUCAGGGGAAGGCAACCGCCUCCAGCAUCGACCCAGAAAGAGUCAGCACAUCGGACGCUCGCACCCGUCGCCACCAGGCCAAGAAGCAGGCCAUUGCUUUCGACUUUUUGACCCCAACCAACAUCCCCAUCGAGCUUUCUUACUACAUCGGAAGCUACAUCAAGAGCUGCAGCAAUAAGGGUCGUGUCGACGCUGCGACCCUGACCAUGAUGAACAACGCUCUGGUCUCAAUGAUCGACUGUUUGACUGGAUUCGAGCGUAUUUUGCGCACACCUAUCCCUCUGGCCUAUUCAAUUCAUUUGCACCACGCUACUUGGCUCUAUCUGUUGUCACUUCCCUACCAACUGAUCGCUAACAUGGGCGCGCUCAUGAUCCCUGCCGUCGUCCUGGCAGCUUUCACUCUUUUGGGGAUCUUGGGUAUCGGUUACGAGAUUGAGAACCCCUUCAACGACGACUAUAACGAUUUGCCGCUGGAUGAUUUCUGCAAGGUCAUCCAGGCUGAGGUCGACACCAUGGUCGCUACCCGUGCGCCCGUCCCUGCGGACUGGAUCUUCUCCGAGAACAACUACCCCCUGGCCAACUCACAUUUGUCGGCCAAGGAAUUGUCGGCCCUGUCGUUGGAUGAGGUCCAUAAGCUGAUGGAGCAGGAAUCCACACCGAUUCAUCAUAUGAACUAUUCGCGUCCUGUGAACGGUAACCACAACGGAGAGCCGCUGAUAGAGACACCGGCCCAGGUCGUACCCAGCGUCGUCGUGAACGUGCCUGUGGCUUCGUCAAAUGCACCGUUGAGCAAGGCGCAAUAAACUCAUCAGGAUCAUCUUUAAAGCAGCACUUCUUCCAUGUAAUACUCCGCACCUUAUCCAUAUCUAUCUUACCUAUCUAUUAAAUAUCACCAGCAUCCGUUAAACUUCAGUUGUAUGCCCUGUAUUAUGCUGACGCAGUUGUG